GAUAAAGACAAAAACUGACCUCGGACCUUUUAAGAGAGAAUGGAGAACUUUUAACUCUCAUUUGGUUCAUUAACGCCCCCUAUUGUCGGACAAAUAUUUGUGACUGUCGGUUACUGUAAUGAAAUGGGCCACAUCAAAAAUAGAUCAUGAACCAAAUGAACUGUGCAGCACCAAACUACAUCAGUCCUGACCGAUCUUAAUAAUAUAUUGAUGACACUUUAUACUUUCAUUUGCCAUUAACACACAUAUACUGUAGGUAGGCCUAAUUCUUAACAGAAAGUAGACUUUCAUAUCAAACUUUCAGGACAUUCAUAACUACAUUAAUGUAUUUUCAGUUUUAACUGUCUAUUAAGCAUUGUAUAAUGCACUAAUGUUUAAUGGGUUAUUCAUGAAAGUUAUAAAAUGUUAAUAUACUGUAUUUUAUAUGACAUAAACUGCCACAAAGAAGCAAUUCUGCAUCUGUGUAUGCUGUUAUUAUUAUUAUUAUUAUUAUUAUUAUUACUGAUUUUCUAUGAAAAUAUGCACCAGACCAGUGAUUCCCAACCUUUUUUCCCUGAAGCCCUCUCUACUUAUAUAUAAGUCUACACAAACAGAAUAUCACCGCCACUGAUGAGCGCUCUCUCUCCUUGCACUCUAUGUGUUUGCUCGUGUGCGUGCCAGAGAGAGCACUGUCAUCGAUGUCCGCGAGAAAUGCUAAAUUAUGAAUACAAUGAUUUUUGGGAACGUGCAUUGCCAUGGAUAUUGCAUAGACAUGAUACUUGAUACAUUUCUACUGGUCUAUUACACAAUGACGCAGAGCCAUGGCCGUAUAUAGAGGGGUGAAAGGUGGUAAUGAUUCUAAGGGCCCACAGGUCCCGGGGGGGGGGGCCCACAACAAAUUCGAAACUGUAUUUUUUAAUCGGAAAGUGGCCCGAAGCAAUAUUAACUCAGAGGCCCCCAGAAUACCCAGCUAUGGCCCUGCCCAGAGCCAUGCAGCUGCUUAAUGGUCUCGUUAUAAAGCAUCAACAAGGUAUGCCAUUUUAAGAGGUUUUUACAGUCUUGCAGUGUGGUUAUGAUGUUAUUGAAUUUUCAUGACCAUUGAAGAUCCAUGAAAAAGAAACCCACAAGCACUCGUCCACGCGACAGUCAGCGCACCUGCGUUAGAGUAGAAUAAUGUAAAUUUGGUGCGCGUAAUUUGGUUGUGCAAAGAGGCUGUUAUUGGGAGAGUGAUUUUAUGUUGAGUUAGAUGAGGAUGCUGAGAUGCUGUUUAAUGUUAUCGUGCAUAUUAUGGAUUCUCACAUUUGACAUUUUCUCAGAAUCUUGCGUGUGAGCAUGAGAUUAAAGUUUUGUUUAGGGCAGAGAUGGUUGUUUGAUUAUAGACAACCCUAUGGUUUGUUGUCUUUUCAAAUAGCCUACAAUAUAACAAAGCCAUUCAGAAACAAAUUAAAUGCCUUAUAUCUCCAAUUUCCCCCUCAAAAUCUUGGAAAUUGGAUUUGAACUUAUGAUAAGCUGACAACUGGGAUUUGAUGUCAGUUCCAUCUCAAAUAAACUAAUAAUAAAAAAAUAAAUAAUAAAAAACAAUGUGGUGAGAACAAUUUUAAUGAUUAUUUAUAAAUGAAUGUAUCAUUAUAACAUUUUUAUGACACUGUCAUUAGCUGCAGUCCAGGGCCUUCAAAACCCCACCCUCUUUCUCUGUGCACACGUUCAUUGGUCAAACAGUCACAUGCAAAACACGCCCCGGAGUGGCCGAGCUGCUAUAUAAACGGGAUAUGCUCUCUUACCAGCAACAAGUACCUGAAGGGUACAAGCGAAAAACUCUUUAUAGGAUCGUUGUCUUGAGCAUUAAGUCGUUUCAAGAUUGAAAGGAAUUUGUCUUAAUAUUCCUGAAGCUUUUUAAAGUCUGUUACCACUUGGUAUUCCAAUUCAGGGCAGUUUGAGUGCAUCCGAUUUUUUCCCCAAACACAUUAAGAUGGAGUUGUCGGAUAUUCCGUUCCCCAUCCCUUCAGCUGAUGAUUUCUACGACGACCCCUGCUUCAACACCAGUGACAUGCACUUUUUCGAAGACCUGGACCCAAGGCUCGUCCAUGUGAGCCUGCUCAAGCCCGACGAGCAUCACCACAUCGAGGACGAGCACGUCCGGGCGCCCAGCGGACAUCACCAGGCCGGCAGGUGUCUGCUGUGGGCAUGCAAAGCCUGCAAGAGAAAAACCACCAAUGCUGACCGCCGCAAAGCCGCGACCAUGCGGGAGAGGAGGCGACUGAGUAAAGUGAACGAUGCUUUCGAGACCCUCAAGAGAUGCACGUCCACCAACCCGAACCAGAGGCUGCCAAAGGUGGAGAUUUUGAGAAACGCGAUCAGUUACAUUGAGUCUCUGCAGGCGCUGCUCAGGGGUCAAGAGGAAAAUUACUACCCCGUUCUGGAACAUUACAGUGGAGACUCGGACGCCUCCAGCCCGAGAUCCAACUGCUCUGAUGGCAUGAUGGAUUUCAUGGGUCCCACAUGCCAGUCGAGGAGACGGAACAGUUAUGACAGCUCUUAUUUCAAUGAGACGCCAAAUGGUGAUGCACGGAAUAAUAAAAACUCAGUGGUGUCGAGUUUGGAUUGCCUAUCCAGCAUCGUGGAGAGAAUUUCCACGGAGACCCCCGCAUGUCCCGUGUUGUCAUCGGAGGGGCCCGACGGAAGCCCGUGCUCUCCGCAGGAAGGGUCUGUCCUGAGUGAGACCGGGGCCCCCGCACCGUCCCCGACCAACUGCCCCCAACAGCAAACUCAGGAUCCCAUCUACCAAGUGCUAUAAAGAUUCUCACCAUUUCAACAAAUUAAAAAGGACAAUAUGAAGAAAAGAAAAGAAAAGAGAAACAUUCAGCAGAAUAAAAAAACAAAACAAAAAAAAAAACAAAAAAAAAAAAAAACAAACAAAUGCAAAUCCGAUCUUAACGACUAAAGAAAGACAUUUUCGAUUCACUGCGGGAAACGAAUGAUAUUUCUUUCUUUCUUUCUUUCUUUCUUUCUUUCUUUCUUUCUUAAUCUUUAUUUUAUUUGUAUUCCAUUAUGAAAAUGGCUCAACAGAUCAGCAGAAGUGAGUUUCUUAACUAUGCUUAUUUAUUUAAUUGUAUCCACGUUAAAAUGUGACCAUAUUUUCCCCCCUUUGUGAGUAUAUUUUCUGUCACCAUCACAUUUUUUCCCUAAUUAUUUACGAGAGAAUCGUAAUUCAGACACGAAAAGUAGGACCACUUUUGUACAUGUGUAAAUAAGAUCUGUUUUGUUAAGCAACGAUCAAACAUUAUGUAUUUAAUAAUGCCUGUUUGAAACAUUAUCUUGUUGUGUCUUGUGUUUAACUUUAUAUUUAUACUUCUUAAAUGAGUGAAUGUCGGAAUAAUAAAAAAUCUAACUAU